AUGGCAGGAGCGCAGGUGGGGCUGCCGGGACCCUUCCCGGAGCCCUCGGUUGGGCCAUGCCCCAUGUCUGACUCUGACUCAGACUCUGAGGACACGGCCGUGGGGGGCACAGGAGCUGGUGCCAGGGUGCAGAACCCCUCUCAGGUCAUCCACAGUGGUCACUUCAUGGUGUCGUCCCCGCACAGCGACUCACUGCCCCGACGGCGCCAUCACCGCACCGAGCCCCAAGCGGCUGAUCCCCGGAGCAUCGACCCGACCCUCACCCGGCUCUUCGAGUGCAUGAGCCUGGAGUACAGUGGGAAGCUGGUGUCUCCAAAGUGGAAGAACUUCAAGGGGCUGCGGCUGCUUUGCCGGGACAAGAUUCGUCUCAACAAUGCUAUCUGGAGAGCUUGGUACAUCCAGUAUGUGGAGAGGAGGAAGAAUCCUGUGUGUGGCUUCAUCACCCCACUGGAGGGCUCGGAAGCUGAUGAGCACCGAAAACCAGAGGCUGUUGUGCUGGAGGGCAACUACUGGAAACGCCGCAUCGAGGUGGUGAUGAGGGAGUACCACAAGUGGAGGAUCUACUACAAGAAGCGACUCCGGAAGACCACUCGGGAGGAAGAGGUCUCUGGUCCAAAGCAGGAUGAAGAUCUCUGGAGGCCAAUGGAGAAAUGGUGCAACCAGCUCUUCUGCAACGUGGUGCCCAUGCUGCUGGGGGAUGAGGAGGAGGAGCCGGGGGGUAGGCAGCACUUUGACUUGGACACCUUCCUCUCGGACAUCUCUGACACCCUCUUCACCAUGACCCAGACGCCCAGUGCCCAUCAGGCACUCCCCGAGGACGCCUAUGUUGGGAAUGCUGACAUGAUACAGCCGGACUUGGCGCCGCUGCAGCCCAGCCUGGAUGAUAUGGAGACCUCAGCCGGAGCACAGUGUGGGGCAGAUGGAGAAGUCCUGAUGGCAGAGGCAAGGGAGCAGCCGGGCCCCGCGCCCUGCUGGCGCUGCGCUCCAGAUAUCUUCACCAGCCACCGGCCGCUGCCAUCACAGAUGCAACCAGGCUACCAGGAGCCACCCUGCUUCAUGCCCAUGGCCGAGCCCCUGUUCGGUGAUGGGGGGUGCCUGCUGAGUGCUCGGGGGCUGCCCCCAAGCCCCGAGGCUCCGCUCUCGCCCAGCGCCCUCCUCCAGCCUGCCGGUGCCUCCCAGCUUGGCCUCCACAGCUCCUUCCUGGGCCCCGAGCUCCCCCCAGCCCUGCUGACCCCCCCCACCGUGCCCAGCGACCCCAGCCCCCAGCUCCAACACAAGCCCCUGCUGCAGUACGGGCCCCCACCAGGACCCCAUUACCCCCCUCCCAGCCUGUCCCCCGGGACAUCAGUGCUGAGCCCGGACCCCCUGUGCUCCCCCAUCUCGGCACCUCGCUGCAAGUUCCCCUACCCCAGCUCCCCCAGCCCCUCGCUCCUCGUCCACCCCACAUCCCCCCUCUCAGCACCCUGCUUCGCCCCCCAUUCCCCGGAGCUGGGCUAUGCGCUAGGCAUGGUGCCCCCGGGGUACCCCCGCCCGGCUGCCCCCGAGCUCCUGCCUCCCACCCUGCUGGGCGACCCCAGGUUCGUCCCCCCCAAGGGGCUGCCCCAGGGCAGGAGCGGGCGGCUGAAGGCAAAGCCCAAUGGCACCAAGGCGAAGAGGCUGCCAGGACUGCCCCCACCGACAGCCCUGGCCAUGCCCAACCCCUGCCUGAGCCAGCUCCUGACCGCAGCCAAGCAGGAGCCAGUCCUGGAUGCCCCGAGCCCGAUAGGUGAAGGACUCGUGCCCACAUCUCCUGUGUCCCCGCAGAGCACUGUCCCCGACGUCCCCACCACCUUCCUGUCCAGAAUGGCCCAGCAGAGCCCAGGGCUGGCUCCUGGCUCCAGCCCUUCCCAGGUGGUGCCGGUGCCGCCGGCAGGCCCCAGGCCGGGCCCACUGGUGGUGCCCAAGGCAGAGCGGCUGUCCCCCACAUCGGCUUGCGGCAUUGACUGGCCCAAGCCUGGCCAGGCUUCCCCGAGACCCACUGCAGGGCUGGGCACUGGCAUCCCCCUGCACCAUCCCGUGUCAUGUCGGGGCAGACCUGAGAACAGCAAGGUGGAGAGCCGCCGCAUCACACACAUCUCUGCUGAGCAGAAGAGGCGCUUCAACAUCAAGCUGGGCUUCAACACCCUGCACAGCCUGGUGAGCACGCUCAACACCCAGCCCAGCAUCAAGGUCAGCAAGGCCACCACCUUGCAGAAGACAGCUGAGUACAUCUGCAAGCUGCAGCAGGAGCGGGCAGCCCUGCAGGACGAGGCACAGCGGCUGCGGGAGCAGAUUGAGGAGCUCAAUGGCUCCAUCAACCUCUGCCAGGAGCAGCUGCCAGCCACAGGGGUGCCCAUCACACGCCAGCGCUUCGACCAGAUGCGCAGCAUGUUUGACGAGUACGUCCGCUCCUCCACGCUGCAGAACUGGAAGUUCUGGAUCUUCAGUAUCAUCAUCCGGCCCCUCUUUGAGUCUUUCAAUGGCAUGGUCUCCACGGCCAGCAUGGAGAGCCUCACGCAGACGUCCCUGGCCUGGCUGGAUCAGCACUGCUCCCUCCCAGCUCUUCGGCCAACCGUCCUGAGCUCCCUCCGGCAGCUGAGCGUCUCCACCUCCAUCCUCAGCGAUCCAGGCUGCAUCCCCGAGCAGGCGACGCGGGCGGUGGCGGGGCUGGGCCGGGGGGGCUCCUGUUAGCCGCUCCAGGCCCGGCU